UUUGGUUGGUUUAUUUCCUGAUUAUUGUUAUGUUGAAAUUUCCUCCCCUAGGUGUUCGUUUGGAUUACCGCUCGUGCGAGUCUCUGGAGGAGAUUCUGAAAUCUGUCCGCUUUAAUCUGAUCAACCUGCAGGGGGCGGAUCUCGAGGAAAAUGGAGCCUCGUCACUCAUGGAUAUGAUUUCGUACUAUGAAUCAGCCACACAUCUGGAUGUCUCCUGUAACAAGAGUAUGGGAGUCUCGGGAUGGCAGGCCCUCUCACGUUUACUCAAACAGAGCAAAACCUUGUGGAGGUUGGAUGCCUGUAACAUUCCCAUCCAGGAUUAUCCUGCACAGGCCUUGUCGAGAGCUCUCCUUAGCAGCAGACUAACAGAACUGCACCUUGAAAACACCCGACUGAGUGGAAGGCCACUCUUCACACUCGUUUGCUCUCUAAAGAAGAACAUCGCUCUGCAGGAACUCUACCUGUGUGACAACGAGCUGAACAGCUUCAACGACUCCAUGCAGUUAGGAGAGCUUCUCAAACACAACCGCACUCUCCGAACCCUCAACCUGAGCAAUAACGCCAUAUCAGACUCAGGUCUGGAGGAGCUCUGUGAUGGGCUGAGAGUUCAGAAGUCUGGUUUAAGAACAUUAGUGCUGCAUAACAACCAGAUUACUCACCGCGGCAUGACUCAUCUAGGAAGUGUUCUGCCUUUGUUGAGAACGCUGGAAACGUUAGACCUAAGCUCUAACGAUAUAGAGGACAAAGGGCUGCACGCUCUGAAGGAGGCGCUCAUCUGUAACCGUUCUAUCUUACGACUCAACCUGGCUUCGGUGCGGAUAACAUGUGAAGGUGCCGUGGUGUUGGCCGAGUUCCUGGCGGAGUCUCGGUUCCUCCAGACUCUGGAUGUGAGGUGGAAUCACGUCCUCACUGGAGGCCUGAUGGCUUUCGCUCUGGCUCUGAAGCUCAACUGCACUCUGGUUCAUUUAGACCUGGAUCAAAACCCCAAAGAGGAGAAGGACGAGUUUCUGAUUGAAACCCAGAAGAAUCUACUGGGCAGGAUCUGUGAUCUGUGUGUGGCGAACGCCGAGGCGGCCUCGGAGACGGACCGCCGCUCCGCUACUCUUUUAACGCAGGACAACGACGAAGACGACACCGAGGAGGAAGAUAACAGUGCGGUUCCACGUGCGGCUCCACGAGUCCCUGCACGAACACUCGCAAGCGAAUAA